ACUCCAGCCAGCAGAUGGCGAUGAGCGUCUUUCAGGUGAUGCGUCUAGCGUGACGUAUAAUGGACUGGACGGACGCUUCUUCAGGAACAACAAAGCGCCUACUCUUUCAACCACCUCGAUAGCUUGCUCGACAACAUAAAACUGAAAUAUUGACGUUUCAGGCCAUGUUAAUGUGCAUUAGCUAAUCGCAGUGUUUAAAACACAUUUCAGUUGACCUUAACUUGAACCAAAUGUGCUUGUUCAAUUUGCAAAUUUGUUAAAGAUUGAUACUGAGCCUAGCACUAGGCUAUUCGCUAAUGCUAACUAGCUAGCUAACAUCCCUGACCAUGAGCUCAUUAAACUACUCAUCCCCUGCUGAAGAAGAGGAUGUCUGCUGUCCGGAGAAAGAAGCUCUGGCGCUGAACAUUGUCGUGAAAGACGAAGAGGAGGAUAUUACAGUGAAAGGAGAGAAAGAACCUUUCAGAAUGGAAGAGGAGGCUGUUAUAGGGAAAGAAGAGAAAGCAUCCUCUUCCUCUCUAAAAUGUUCUAUCUCAGUAAAGGUGAAGGAGGAAGACGUUUUGGGAGUGAAAGAGGAGGAGACAGAAUAUCAGAUUAACACCAGAGAGAGACAUGACUAUCGUGGAUCCUCUGGGGAGCCUCAACAUCCUGAUGCUGACGAGGCAGAGAAGAGUCUCUCCAGAUCAGAACACCAGAUGGACAACGCUAGCCCUUCCGCCCUCCCGGAGUCCCUGUGUCGUGCCUCUCCUGGUAGCACGUUACUGCUGGGUAUGAAGAGGUUGUCUGUGCUGCUGGUGGACUGCAGGAAAACAACGGGGCUGAGUGGAACUGUGAGAGGAGGAGAAGAGAAGAAAGGAUCAGAUUUGACACAUCAAAGAGAAAGGCCCGACUCGGAAGAACCAAAGCCAGGGACGUCCAAACUAGCAAGACGACACCAGUUCUCCCACUGUAGAAAGGGUUGUGACCGGUUAUGGGACCUGAAACAACACGAGAAAAUGCACACAGGGGAGAAGCCUUACCACUGUUCCCAGUGUGGAAAGUGUUUCAACCAGAGAGUAACCCUGAAACAACAUGAGAGAAUACACACGGGAGAGAAGCCUUACCACUGCUCCCAAUGUGGAAAGUGUUUCGGCUGGUCAGGGGGGCUGAAACGACACGAGAGAAUACACACGGGAGAGAAGCCUUACCACUGCUCCCAGUGUGGAAAGUGUUUCAACCGGAGAGGAAACCUGAAACAACAUGAGAGAAUACACACGGGAGAGAAGUCUUACCACUGCUCCCAAUGUGGAAAGUGUUUCAACCGGAGAGUAACCCUGAAACAACAUGAGAGAAUACACACAGGAGAGAAGCCUUACCACUGCUCCCAAUGUGGAAAGUGUUUCAACCAUUCGGGGGAUCUGAAACGACAUGAGAGAAUACACACAGGAGAGAAGACCUACCACUGCUCCCAAUGUGGAAAGUGUUUCAACCAGAGAGUAAACCUGAAACAACAUGAGAGAAUACACACAGGAGAGAAGCCCUACCACUGCUCCCAAUGUGGAAAGUGUUUCAACCAGUCGGGGGAUCUGAAACAACAUGAGAGAAUACACACGGGAGAGAAGCCUUACCACUGCUCCCAGUGUGGAAAGUGUUUCAGCUGGUCAGGGGGGCUGAAACGACAUGAGAGAAUACACACAGGAGAGAAGCCCUACCACUGCUCCCAAUGUGGAAAGUGUUUCAAUCAGAGAGCAUACCUGAAAAAACAUGAGACAAUACACACAGGAGAGAAGCCUUACCAUUCCUCCCAGGGUGCAAACCAUUUGCCCAUUUAGGAAGCCUGAAAGAACACGAAAACAUAUUACUCAUAACAGUCAUUUAAACGUCAUUAGAGAAUCCACACAGGAGAGAGAAAUUACUUCUCUUAGCGUGUAUAUUGAUAUACAUCACAUUGACUUAAAAUUCAUCAGAGAACAUACACAGUGCUCCCGUUGUCUUAUAUUGUUGACUGACAAUGUGUUUACCUGUCUUUACCAUAUGAAAUUAAAUGGUACAGGGUAUACUCAAACAUAUAUUUGUUUGUUUUUAUUAGAAAACAUGAAUUGAAUAUGGAGUAUGUCAGUUUUAAUAUAAAGGAGAUCAGGUUCCUUGUUUUAAAUUGUCCUUUUUAAAACUCUUUGUGUGUGUUUAUCUGGGUGUGUCAUUCCUCCAGCACUACAGAUAAUCAAGUGAUAUUUGGAUGUGAUGCAUUUGUGCCAUUGUUGACAUCUACAUUGUAGCCCACUGAUGAUUUAAUGAAAUGAAAAUGUUCAGACUCUGUAAUGGAAAAUGUUAAUUGUUUGUGUGUCCACAUAACUGAGUAUGUGACUAACCUUGUGAAACUGUCCUAUUAUAAUCUCCUGUUCUUGGGACUAUCAUUCUGUGUUGCAAACCAGCUGCACCUGCAUCCUUGUAUGAAUAAAGUCCCUCCCAGGAACAGGAAACUAUAAAGAUAUGUGCUAAUCACUCAAUGCUUCAGGAAAUCAGACUGUCUACACUGCGCUAUGUAACUCUGUUAUUCUCUCUGAGCUCAGAAAUAAAGAAUCUUGGUUUGACUUGGACUCCAGCAGAUCCUUAGUUUAUAAUAUCCACCACAACUCGCCCAUGGAUUGCUGUUUAUUAUUGUCUCAAUGAAGAGUUCCUCUUUCGACUUUCCUGGGGGCAUUUACAAACCUCCCACUGGUUGAAUAAAAGUUUUUACCCGAA